GGAACAAAGAUGGCGGUUCGCAAUCACCAAGCGAAGUCUGCAUGAAAAAAGCUAGUUAUCUCAUAAAAUACUCGUCGAAGCUAAAUUUAAAAGACCAGAGAACAUUUUUAGGACAUUUGAGAACCUUUUAAAUUGUUCGUCAGAGAUUUAACGGCAGGAGUUGACCGAUAAAAUGAAGUUGACAGCAGAUCUUAUACUGCAAAGUCCGCAGUACACAAAUGCAUUAAGAGAUAGAGAACUGGAUUUGCGGGGUUAUAAAAUCCCCGUGAUUGAAAAUCUUGGAGCGACUUUGGACCAGUUUGAUACCAUUGAUAUGUCAGAGAAUGACAUCCGCAAACUGGAGGGAUUUGCAUUACUCAAGAGAUUGAAAAGCCUCCUUUUAAACAACAACAGAAUAUGUCGUAUUGCAGAACAUUUAGAGGAGAGUCUACCCAACUUAGAAACUAUUGUAAUGACAUCAAAUAACAUGCAAGAAUUGAAAGACCUGGAUCCAUUGAAGUCUGUUAAAAGUCUCCAGUACCUCAGUUUGCUUCGAAACCCAGUAACUAACAAACCUCACUACAGAUUAUAUGUCAUCAACAAAUUGCCGCAGCUAAGAGUGUUGGACUUUCAGAGAAUAAAACAACGGGUUUGUUCCUGGGGGACCACCUGUUGGAACAAGGCCUUUACCCAGCAAACCUCUUCCAUCCCCCACAAAAGACAUUGCUGCAAUCAAGGCUGCCAUUGCAAACGCACGCUCUCUGGAUGAGGUGCAAAGACUUGAGAUGUUAUUAAAAGCUGGUCAGGUGCCUGGAGGAAACAAACCGAAUAAUAAUGUUGAUGAAGAGAUGGAAGACAUGUCAAAUGGCACAUGAACAAACUCUGUAUCAGACUGUAUCAUUAUCAGUGUUACUUCAUUCUUUUUUUUGUCUAUCGACUAUGUGGUCAGCCUGAGAAAAAGGCAGCAGUCCAUUGAAACUGGAAAUAUUUAUGCUUCCCUCAAAGAUAUUGUGGAAUGUUGCUUAGUUUCAAUAGCCUUUGUUGGGCAUAUCACUGAAUACUUCAUCUUACAUUUGUGCAAUCAUUCCCUCGAAGGCAACAUAGUGUUGUGUAACAACUAAACCAAAAGUUUCUUUCUUACCUUGUCAAUAUAAAGCUUUUUUGUUUUUGAAGUUGAUAAUGAUUUGUCAUUCUAAACAUGAAAAAAUGAGAAUACAUGCCAGUGUUGUAUAUUAUGAAAGGUAGAGAUAUGAAUUUUUCUGUUAAGAGACUGAACUUCAGAUGGAAUUACCCUAUAUUUCUAGAUAUUCUUUUAACUACUUUUACCUUCCUUUGUGUAAAAUAAAUAACUUGUAUGUGUAUCCUUUCUUAUUGGCAAUUGUCUCUUGCUUGCAUGUUUUUGUAGAAAAUAAAAUCAGUGUUAAAAUGC